GAGAACAGGCGAACUGUACGCAAUGGCCACGGCAGCUUGCCUCCACGCACCAGCGUGGGCACUGGACCGCCAGCUCGGUAGCGGCGAUGCCAUGGCCGCCGGCGCCACGGCAGCCGGCGCAAAUCCGGCUGCACGCUCCCCGUCGUGCCUGCGCGGCGCCUUCCCCAUCCCAGCCACCAUCGCCGCCGCCCACGUCCCCGCGCCACCGCUCGCCUGCCCGCUCCCCGUCCUGCUCUGCGCGGCGCACUCCCCGUUGCAGCCGCCGCCGCCCCUGUUCCUGCGCACCGCUUGCCUGCCCUCUCAUGUCCCCGCGCCACCGCUCGCCUACCAGCUCCCCAUCCUGCUCCACACGGCAGCCUGCAGGCCGCAGGCCUUCACCGACCGCCGGCUAGCCCCCAGCCCCGCAGCAGCGCAGGCCAGCGCUACCCUCGGCUUCCUGCUCCCACCGCCAGCUCCGGCUGCGCGCCCGCUCCGACGAGCGGAUCUUGGCCUUCACCCUCGGCAGCGCGACACCGCCGUUAGUAUUGAGCUUGGUGGGGUCGGAGAAGGCGCCCUUGACCGUGCGCGUCAUCUCGACGUCGCGUUCCGGUUCCUUGCCAGGAUGCACCUUGACGGCGAGGACGCCGAUGGCCACGAGCUGUUCGGUGUCGCCAGGGCAUUGCUCGAGGAGGUGAACAUGGUGCCCGUCGACGUCGGCGAGCACCUGACGCGGAAGAGCGUCGGCGACGAUGCCGGCUCGUGCCUCGCGAGGCUGGUGGCAGCGCUACAAAAGGCCAAGGAGGCAGGCCACGCUGCGACGCGCCCGCGCCGCGCCUUGCACCUGCGCGCGCCACGUGCCUGCGCCUCACGCCGUCGCCGCUGCUAGUGUUCCGCGCCGGCGCUCGCCCUUCCGCGCCGCCAGGCCGCAGGCGGCUCGCCCCUCCGACUGGGCAGAGGUAGGGAAUUAGGGAUUUGGAUGUGGUUGGAUGUAUGUGGAUGUUCAUGAGUUUGGAUUGGAUAGGAUUGGAUGGUGGGGACUACAUACUAGGAUUGGAUUGGAUGUUAAUGUGAUAUCAACUGGAUGUUAAUUGGAUAUUGUUAGAUGGAUUUUGGAUGA